CUGUAUGUGAAUCCUGUUACAGAUUUACUAUUUUCCAUCAUAGUUGCUGACAUGUUGUCUAAAAUCAUAGUUCUCAUUAGAUGGUAGUGUUAGCCCUGCUUAUGUUAGUAUUAACUAGAGAUGCGAUACUGGAAACUGCUGCAUAGAAUCUGUUUCGAGGUUUCAAAGCCACUAAGCCGAAGCUUGCUUCGUUUCGACGUGGUAACGUGAUGAUGACGUUUGAAGUGUUUCUGAACUCGGGUCAGAUUCAUUUUCGCGAACCCCGUCGUUUCAUUACGGGUAACAGGUCUCAGAACGGUAGCUGUGUACCGUCAGUUCGUCAACGCCCAGUUUCCCAAUAAGUGAUCUGAAACACUAACAAUCUUAUGGUUUGUAUAGAAGGCGAGAGAAAAAAACUAUAUUUUUAGGCUAAAUAUAAUAUGGAUCAGUAUAGUAAAAGACCCCGUUCUCAAGCAUGGGAACAUUUUACUGUACUUCACGGAGAAUCAAAGGUACGAUGCCGAAUAUGUUCUCAAAGACUGACAUUUGCAGGUAAUACGUCAUCCAUGCUGAGGCAUCUUCGAGCAAAACACCCCAGCAGCUCAGCUUUGUGUACUCUAGGUUCUCAGCAUACUGGACCUGUCCCGUCAGGUAAACAAAGAGAAGUUGAUGAGGCUGUGUUGAAUAUGAUAAUAAAAGACUUGCAACCAUUCUCCAUUGUAGAGGAUGAAGGAUUCAGGGCUUUUGUUGAAAGUCUUGACCCGUCAUGUAUUAUCCCUACUAGCAAAGCUCUGAAGAAUAUGGUGCAUGAAAAAUACCAGGAAGCUAAAAGGAAAACUGUAGGCGAACUGGAAGAAGUGAAGUUUGUGAGUCUUACAGCAGAUAUGUGGACUUCAGUCAACAUGGAUGUUUGCUUGGGAAUGACUUGUCAUUAUAUUACAGAGAAGUCAGAACUUGACACUGCUCUACUGGGAGUGAAAAAGCUUUCGCAGACUCAUAGAGCAGAAGAUAUUAAGGAAGCAAAAACAGCAAUGCUGUCAGAUUGGGGUCUCAGUGGCAAAGUGAAUUGUCUAGUCACACACAAUGCAGCAAACAUGAUUGCCUACGCCGAUCUGCUCCAAGUCAGACAUGUGCCCUGUUUUGCCCACACCCUAAAUUCACUUGUGAAGAAGGCCAUGGCACAAACUGACGGUCUCCAGGGUAUCCGCCACAGGACAAGACAAAUUGUUGGGUUAUUGAAAGCCAGCACCACAGCACAAGAGAGACUAUCUAAUAUGCAGGACCAGAUGGGCAUGCAGAAGAUGAAGUUAGUACAAGAAGUAGAGGCAAGAUGGAGCAGUACCUUCCUUAUGCUGCAGAGAAUUCAUCAGCUGCGUGAGCCUGUGGGGGCAGUCUUGGCCACCCUCAAAACAGACAUCACCCCGCUGUCUAGUGCUGAAUAUGAUACUGUUAAAUAUUGCCUCAGUGUUCUUGCGCCAUUUUUUCACGCCGCCACUGAACUUUCCGAAGAGAAAAGAGUAUCUGCAUCAAAAGUCAUACCAAUUAUCACAAUGAUACAGCACAAUUUGACAGAGAAAUGUGCCCUUAAUCAUAAUCAGGUAGCCUCUGUUUUGAGUUCAAAUCUGCAGCGUUGUCUUAAUGUACAUUACGGAGGUGCAGAGUCAGUGAAUGUGUUGGCGCUGGCAACAUUACUUGACCCGCGCUUUAAAACGAUAGCAUUCGGAAACCCUCAACAUGCACAACAGGCAGAGAGAUCUCUUAUAGCUGAAUGUGCUUCUCUUCUUCCUCAAUCUGGACCUCCCCAUUCUUUAAAAGGCAGCAGUUUGCAGCAAUUGAAAAUGGAGACAUCUACAGAUGAGACACCUGGUCCUUCUGCUACAAGCUCGGGCAAAGAUAGUCUUUGGGAACUUUUGGACAGCAGCGUCACGGAGGCCCAGAAGGUGCACAGCUCCACAGCAGAUGCGGCGGCUGAAGUGAUGAGAUACCUCAACAGUCCUUAUCUUCCUCGAACAGGGGAUCCUCUGGAUUUCUGGAGAAAGCAUUCUGCCAUCUAUCCUCAUCUUUUCACGCUUGCCAGGAAAUAUCUUUCAAUGCCCGCUUCUUCUGUUCCCUGCAGUCACAUCUUUUCUAAGGCAGGGGAAAUAAUGUGUCAGAAGAGGAAUCGCCUCAGUCCUUCAACUCUUGAAAAGAUUCUGUUUUUAAAUAAAAACCUUUGACUCUUCUGCAUCAGUUUCCAUUCCAUUCCUCGGUGCUUCACAAACGCACCCCAGGCUCUGCUGCAGUAAUGCAAUUUCUACAAGAGUAAAGGCAAAAAAGAUUUUAAGGGCUUACAAGGUUUAAAGUCAGCAAAGAAUAUAUUGCUUAAAUGCUAGAUAGAGGCUUAUACCAUUAUUUCUCAGGAGUAUUUAAUUUGAAAUGGACAUUGUAAAGCUCUUGUAACACAGACGCUCCUCUACUUAUGAAUCAGAUGCAUUCAGAACGGCCGUUCAUAACUUGAAAUGUUUGUUAAUCAUUAUGCAACAUCAUUUUUAGGGCAUACGCAAAUACAAAGAACUAGGAUGCUGGGAGUACGCUCGCUACGCUGCUGCGCGGCGGGAGUAGCAGACAGAAGUCGUACUGGGCGGAACUGGCAUGCAGAAAAAAAAAUGGUGUUGCGGACAGGAAACGGGAGCCCAAUGAACACAAUUUGGACUUACAGUCCUCUUCGUUUGUAUGUCUGAAAGCUCGUAAGUUGAAAGUUCGUAAGUAGAGGAGCGUCUGUACUUGUAUUACUUUUCAGGGGUCGAUAACCUGAGCUUUUGUAUAACUCUGUAUUGUGUAUGUUACUGGAAGGUAUUCCCUUUUUCCAAGAUGAUGGUGUGAGCCUUUAACAGGGUGCUUAGUGUGGUCGCAGUUACUUCUGUGGGGUGCGGAACCUCCUGUGUUAUUUGUGGGGCAGAUCUUGAAAGUAUGGAAAGAAAAGUACAUUGACUAUAGUUGAGAGAUUUUUGUGAUGCUGUAUAAUAAUCCUGUUAUGGAGUCCUAAAUAUUGCACGGGACUUGUGCGGUGCCAUAAAGUAUAAAUAUUAAUAGUGCUAUUAAUUUUUUGAGUUUUGCCGUGGGAAUGUGUGAUAUCCCUUAUGGCAUACAAUAGAACUGUGAUGAUCAGUCAACAUCUGUAUUGCUACAUGAAUGUAAAGAUGCCACAUGCCAAGCUGACGUCACGUAUCAGAAAUCUUAGAUGGAUAAUUUAAGUGUAUGUUGAUUUCAUUGGAUAGUUUUGGCAAUCUUUUAAUAGUCACUGUAACUUUGAUGUCUUGUGAUGGGCUAUUUUCAAGUGUGUAUUCAUUCUUAAAACACAACGUCCUUGCAGUAUACUGUAAACAGGCAUACCCUGCCAUUUCUAUGUGUAAACACAUUUAAUUAUGUUCCUCCAAUCACUGUAGUCUACUGCUGACCUCAUAGUCCCAUGUCACUCUGCCUGUAGGCCGUAUUUUAUAAAUACUAGAAAAAAAAAAUACUGUUUGGUUCACAACCUGCGGCCCAGGUCGCAAAUGUGGACCACAGUUCAUUCAGUACAACACACAAAAUGAGUGCGGAAUAUCCUGGGUCCUCUACGUGAGUUUCCAGUAGGCCGACACUUCAGAGUCAACUGUCAAUAGGUUUCAAGUAGUGGUGAGACUUCUUUGAAAAUGUUGAGGGGAGACAAGUCAUGCGAUAAACAACGAAAGAUAUGCUACCCUCUUUCAAGUCUGGCAUACAGAACCACUUUGGAUUUUAUAAUAACUCGCAGUGGCAGUGGGAAAGAAGUUGUCGAUAAAAUUUCAAAAAUACACAAGCACUGCUCGACGUAUUAUAGACUAGUAGUAACGCAUCGAACAUUCCUGGUAGGGCUUGGCAAGAUAUAUGAUGGCAUGGCUGAACAUGCAGACUCCACACACGGAGCAAUGGCUGAGACUCAGUGCCUGAUCCAGUGAUGUGAGGCAACAGUGCUAACCACUGCAUCACAGUUGUCCCUGAUUUGUUUUUUUUUUAAAAAUAUUUACAUGAACCUGGAAGAAAGUAUUGUACUUUUAAAGUAAUCCAUGUGUAACAAAAAAAAAAUAAUGCAAUAAAUCGUGACUCAGUGGCAAAGUGACCCAUAGAAAUAUUUGAAUUUUCACACAUGCUUUUGGGAUGCUGUUAUGGGUCAUAGACACAUUAUCACACAUUAAGAGGACCUCUUACAAUUUUUCAUCAUCCGAAAUAAAAAUAU